UUUUUUAGUCGGCUUGCAGCUACCAAGUCGCCGAUGCGGAACCUGCACAAUGGAAUCGGUGGACCGGAGCUCUAUACUUCCUUGAACGUGCUCGCCAUCAAGUUGAUCAAGUGCUCGGUUCAGUUCCCAAUCGACGUUUAUGGCCACGUUUCGGUCAGGGACGAUAUUGAUGCCAAGCGUGUGUUCCUCUUCCGUCGCGUUCGUGACCACUGCCAGAAGAUUAACGACGCCCAGGGUGCAUUCUUGUCCCUAACCGGUCCGUCUCGAGGAAUCGUUUUGCACAGUGCCCUUCACAUUGAGAUUGACUUGAAAAUUAGGAGUUUGGAUUCAGAAAGGGACAUUGAGAUCGCCAAUUGUUGCCUAGAGGACAAGGUAGCCACCUCUUGCUCCAAAGUGAUUAGAAGCAGGGUUGCCGGCCCAUUGUGCUCAGUCGACUUGACAUACGCACCUGUCCAUGAAGCAGUGGAAGCCACCUUUAAGUUUACUCUUAGCCAGAUCAAGACAAGCAUAAAAAGGCCAAAUGGAUCUGUUGCUCGGCAGCGGCAACCCUUCAACAAGGACAACCAGGAACACUGCGAAAUCCUUGGCAAGAUCACUGUUGGCAUUUCUGGAAUUGCUGAGGGUGUCCUCCUUUAUGAUGGCAGUAGUUUGGUUGGUGAAGGUGGGCUUAUUAGAUUGCAGCGUCGGGUUGUGGCUGCACCCCUGUGGCUUCCUCUAUCAAUCAACACAGUGUCUCGUGAUGGUAAGAAUACUACCACCAGUGUUUACCCCUCAAACUGUGGCUGCCAGACCUUCGUUGUGACAGCUGCUUCCUAUGAACUAGAGGGCACCAUUGUCUGGUCUUCGCUCUACUCUUCCAAGGCGGAUGACGUGCAUAUGGUUCCGGCCUGUAAAGCUCUCCAGCCAGCUUUAACUGUGUGGUGAUGAGUAACUUAGGUUGAUGGCAUAUCUGAAGUCUUUAUGUACCCCUAGAUUGUACUAGUUUCAUAUCUGCUAAUGUAUGAUCAGACUUGUAGCACCCGGUACCUUAAUUAUGGGGAAAAGAAGCAUUGGUCUUGUGUUACUUGGUGAGCACAAAAUCUUGGAUUUGGUGGA